AAAUAUCACAAGAAAAUGAGCUCCCCAUCAUUACACCCCAAUUCUUCUUCUUCUUCUUCUUCUUCUUCGUCUUCAUCUUCUGCGUCACUAUCAUCUUCAUCUUUAUCUUCAUCUUCUCCGCCUUCGCCGCCUUCGUUCGCCGAUCGCAUCCUCGCCCCUCUCGGGUUCGCCCUCCUGGUCCUCCUCGUCGCCGUCAUCUCCUACUCCUUCGCCCGCCGCCGGCGCCGGCGCCUCGCGGCCCACUCCCACCACGGCGCCUCCCUCCCGGAGGAGGAGGAGGAGGAGGAGGAGGACGACGACGACGGCGACGAGGCCGGCGCCGGGCUCAGCGAGGCCGCGAUCCUCAGCUACCCGAAGCUCCUCUACUCGAACGCGCAGCUCCGGCGGGGGAAGCCGAGCGAGUCCUGCUGCUCGAUCUGCCUGGCGGAGUACGGGGACAGCGACGUGCUGCGGCUGCUGCCGGGGUGCGACCACUACUUCCACCUCAAGUGCGUCGAUCCGUGGCUGAAGCUCCACUCCUCCUGCCCGAUCUGCAGGAAGUCGCUGAUCAGUUCGUGACGGCGUCCGCUUGCUAGGAAAUCGGAGGGGGUCGCCGGCUCUCCGAUUCCUAGGGUUCCGGCGCCCGAGCGUCGCCAAUUGCAUUUGCCUCGGGACCUUUGCUGGAUCAGCAGCAGCUGAACUGACACAACCGUGGGGUCCGCGGAUGCACACCCGACCCGACCCGGAAAGCGGAGGAAAAACAGGUUUGCGUUUUGGAAUUUGAAUCUUCGGGAAAUACGGCUUUUCGCAGCCGCGAAAGGGUGGGAUUGGAUUUGAGGUAGUCUAUGCUAGGAAAGAUACGGAAGUGUACAGGGUUGAGGAUCGUGCUGUUUUCGGUAAUGAAUUCGCCAUGAAAAUUCACCACUGAAAGCAUGAAGAUUGCGUGCGCGUGCGUGUGGAUCGUGUGCAUAGCGUUGGCCCAAAAACAACAACUAUAUAGAAUUGUGCAAAGAUCACGUCCUAUUCUGGAAAGAAAAUUUACUUGUUUUAGGGAGAGAAAGGAUUGUCUUUGGACACUUGUUUAGAGAGUAUUGGCGUAUCGGCAUUAAGGAGACACCAACAUCCAAGGGCAAUUGCGCAUUUUCGUUUUUGGUAAGUUUGAAAGGCCGUGUUAAGUUUGUCACGCGGUAAUAAAUUGUGUUAAUAUUUUUUGGGAUAAGUAUAGUGAAAGUCCUAUGUCACG